AGUUUGAUACGGACAGUAAUGCGAGAUAAAACAGAAAAAUGAUUUUAAAAGUGUUCGGUGUUCUGCAAAUUAUUUUAGUUCAGAUAAUUUCUGCUCACCUCUUAACUCGAGAAGUAACCAGCCAGAAUAUACUGAAUAAUGUAGCAAAUAUACCAUUAGAAACAAUCAUCAGAACAUCAAGACAAAUAAAUGAUAUACCAGUAAAUCUACCAGGUAAUGCCAACUUGCCAGUCAAUCUGCCAGGUAGUGCCAACUUGCCACUAAACGGCCUCGCCAAUGGCUUGCCAUUCAGAUAUGGCAUGCCUUUUGGCAAUAUGCCACGUGGCAAUAAUCUGCCUAAAAAUUUCGCAAAUAUGCCAAAUAAUUUUGCUUUCAACAACGGAAUGGCAUUACCGAAUAAUUCACCAAUGAAUUUGCCAUUUGUAAACAGGAAUAUUUUACCACAGAAUAGAUGGUUGCCAAAUGUAAAUGGCAUGAAUAAUAAUGGACUAUUUAAUAAUUUGCCAAAUGGAUUAUCAAAUAUUAAUAAUCCAGUCACAAAUAGUUUGCAGAAUUUAAUGAAUGUGCCUGCUGGAAAGAAUAAUUUCAAUUUAAAUAAUUUAUCACCUUUAAAUACUUUGCCAAAUAAUAUGCAAAUACCUAAUGGUUUACCAAAUUUUAAUAACUUGCCAUGUCGCAAUAUUCUACCAUCAAUGGCACAAAACAACGGAUUGUCACAAAACAUUUUGCCAAAUGGCAAUCUAUUGCCAUCAAUCAACAGUCAACUGCCACUUAAUAAUUUUCAAAUAACUGGCUUCGAACUCGCAAAUGGAUUGGCAGAUAUGACCAGACUUCCCCGCAAUAAUCCGCCAGUUGACAGCGUGAAUGUUAAUGGCAAUAAUUUGCAAAACUACAAUGGCAUAUGCAACAAUGAUAUGCCACAAGGUGUCAAUGGAUUUUCAAACAUAAAUAAUGCUCAAACUGUCAACAGUUUGGUCAAUUCACCAAAUGCAUUACCAACUAUCGUGCCAGAUACCGACGUAUAUCAAAAUGCAAACAGUUUUAUAAACAGCAAUGUCUUGUCAAGUAAUGUGCCAUACAGCAAUGGUUUGUCAGUCGCCAACAAUAAUUUUCAAAACAGCAAUAUGAUGACUGUAGAUAGUCAGCAAUUUGUUGCUAAUAAUCCUGUGAACCACAACUUAGGAAUUCCAAAUAAUUUUGUAACAACUUCAACAAAUGUCAAUAAUUUGCCAUUAAAUGCCAUUACCAAUAGCGGACUCUUGAAUAAUAGGCAAUUUAUUGCAAGUGCUAUACCAGAAAUACAGUCGCAAAAUGGGCUAAGCAACAGCUUUUUAAGCAGCAACCUACAAUACGGUAAUAUUGAUAUGCCAGUCAACAAUCAGCAAUAUGACUUGUAUGGAAAUGCCAACAUGCCAGUUAACCAGAACUCAUUGGCAGAUGUAGUGGCAUCGCUUUCUAAUUUGCCAAAUGAUUGCCAGUCUACAUUAACAUCAAAUAAUUUCAAUUUGGCACAGGAAUUGGUAAAAAAUCUGCAAAUUGAAGGUAUAGAGAAUAUGCCAUUCCUAAAUGGCUUGCCAGUUGCUGGCAUUACGGAAACUGUGACUAUUUUGAAUAAUCCUUGCAGUUGAUAUUCCUUAGCGUAAUAUUUUUUUGUAAAUAAAAGCAUUUAUUUAUUGCAUUAGUGAUAGUAAGUUUUGUAAAAUAAUUGAGGAUUAGUUUAAUGAUUUUUUAACACAACGUCAUGU